AUGGAGAUUUUUGAGUCGAAGAUCGAUGAGUUAAUUGAUCUGCGUGAUGGAUUUUUCGAGAAGAAUCCGAAUGGUACAGAAGCGGAACGGGUGAAAACUGUGCGGGAGCGAGCACUUCUCCUUCUAGAGGAUGUGCCGUUGUCGGGAUUUCCCCGCUCUGCCGUCAGAUAUCUUCAAUGUGGGCGUAUUCUGAACGCAUGUGUUGCUUACGAUCAUCGCUGUGAGGAGCUUUUGAGUAAGGCCGUAAAACUAGAUCCUGAUGCGCUGGCAUGGCUGGAGCUCGGGAUAUGUUUAUCGAAAAAGCCCGACAUUCAGUUUGCCAUCGAGUGCGUUGAGAAAGUUCUAAUAAAAUUGAGUGAUACGUUUGAAUUUCUCAGAAAGCGUUCCUCACAAUUGGCCUUUGAAGCUGUUGCGCUUGAUCCGAAGUGUGGCUCAGCACACUCAUGUUUGGGAAAUUCGCUUUUUCUCGAGUUUUUCAACACUGGACAAGUCAACGAAGAUCUGCUUAAGCAAGCUUGCUGUGAGUAUCGGCUUGCGCUUCAAUGUGGGAAAGAGUAUCGCAACGCCGAUCUGCAUCUCAACGCUGGAGCUGCUUUCCGCUAUGAAGAGAACUAUACUGAAGCGUUAACCCAUCUUCGACUAGCAGUGAAAUAUGAUCCGAGUGAUGUCAUCGGCUCCCACGGACGUUUGUCAUCAUUCACGCAAUUUCUGACUAACGUCGCUUCGGGUAUUCAAACUGCAGGCGGCCUGCGUGCCAAGCGAAUCGUUGAAUUCAAAACAUCGCUACCGAAUGCUUCUUCUAUGAACCCGUUUGCGGACCAUAGGCUCGUGACUAGUUUCAAGGACUUAGUAAAAGGACCGAACAACGGAGUCGCUGUUGUAGGAAAAAUAGUAUCGACGGUAUCUCAUGAGGAAAUUGUGCCAGUGACGUCAAUAAUGAUGGAUGCAGACGGUGAAUGCAUUGCCGUUUCUGUCUAUAAUUGUGCCCCAUCGUUAACGUUUUUCAUUGGAGAUACAGUGGCUGUUGCUGAUCCUCAUGUUACAGAAGUGGAGAACUUGGAUCUAGCCAAUUCGUCUUCUGUGUCAUUUCGAUCUUUGCGAGUGCCGAGUCCGUCGAAGAUCUCUCGUAACGGUGGUCUUCCGAAAUCUACACAACUUGCUCCAUCACAUUUGAAGAUCUCCGCAUUGUAA